UAAAAUGAUAAACAAUUUGUUAGUUUUUAUUCCACAAGGACUGUGUGACAAACAAUCUGGGUAUAUGCUUGGCAAAGUGAUAGAUGAUACACAUAGUGAUUUGAAAAAAUUUUAUAUUAUUAGUUUACCUAAAGUAGGCUCUUCAGAAUUAACUAAAUGUACAUUAGACACCAUUGGAUAUUAUUCUAAUAUGAACAAUGUAGCCAAAGAAUUUUUAGAUCAUAAACAUUCUAAUUGGGUGCACAUUACAACAAAGUGCUCUGAGAAUAAACAGGACGAGUAUUAUCUGACAAAUAUCAUUCUUGACAAUAAAAGAAUAGAUCUAUCAACAAUAUGUGCAACAAUUAUUUUGUAUGAUCAGCGAGCAUUACAAGAAACAGAAUUGUUUGAGAGCAAAGCUGCAUCAGGCGAUCAUUUUUAUGAACUCGCAAAGCUAAUACAAAGCAUGAAAGAUGAACUAAAGAUCAAAUCUAAAUUUGUUCGCAUUUGGGAAAUUCUGUUAACUUAUCACAUACUAUUCUACUUGUAUCCUGUUUUAUGGCUCUCUAAAAUAACAGAAAAACUUUUGCCAAUCAUAAAGUACUCUUCUCUUGGCUUGCAUGUCUAUAGCUGGUUGGAAAAUUUUAAGUGGAUGCUAAUCACAAUUUUACGUGAUAAGAAUUUUAAGCUAAAAACAGGAAAUUAUGCAUUGGCAAUUGUAAUAGAUAUAGCAUUGGGAAUCUUUGUAUUACGAUUAUUGCAAUAUUACAUUGAGGAUCAGCCAUCACAACUGCUUCUAAGCAAUGCAGAGAAAGUUGUAGAAACUCUAAAGGAUCUAAUUAAUUGGUUAAUGGGUGUACCAGCUGGCUUGAAGCUUAAUCAUGCUCUAAAUAAUAGCAUGGGCAAGUUUUUUUUGUAUCAUAUACAACUCUGGUGGACCUUUUUGACACUUUUAAAGCCGCUUCUAGAUCUUGCAUUUAAAGUAUUGCUUUUAUUUGGAAGAUUGGGCGUCACAUUUCAAAUAUCUAUCAUCGCGGAUCUUCUAGCUCUCGCCAGUUUUCAUACAUACUGCAUUUAUGUUUAUGCAGCAAGACUAUUCAAUAUACAGUUGAGAGGAAUUACUGCUCUCUUCAGACUUUUUCUUGGAAAAAAGAAAAAUCCUUUACGUGAAAGGGUAGAUUCGUGUCAGUAUCAAACAGAUCAACUAUUUGUUGGGACACUGUCAUUUACCAUUCUUUUAUUCCUAAUGCCAACAACAUGGGUAUAUUACACUGUAUUUACACUGCUCAGGCUCAUAUCGAUCGGGUUUAGCGGUUUUUUAACCAGAUUGAAGUUUUAUCUACAAAUUAUGCCUGUUUAUACUUUCUGUAUGUGGUUAUUACAAUCUUACAGCACAUGUAGCACGGUUGAUAUCAAAUUGCAUUCUCACUGCAUGGAAGGAUUAACAAUAUUAUCAAUGACAAUGGUUAUCGCACCUUGGAGCCUUACAUGGAAAAAGUGCAUGGCAGACACAAUUAUUUACCACCCAUCCAUUAAAUGGUGCACAAUAUUUAAUAAUAUUAUAUGGGGUCAAUUAUUAUAAAAU